AUGUGCGUGCGACACACCCUCCGUGUUACAGUUACCUCGUCGGACUUCUCAGCGGAGCCGUCCUUCUUCUGCUCGGCCUCCUCGUGGAAGUGCAGCUGCGGGGGCGGGGCCGUGGGGACCUCCGACAGCCUGGAGGGGGACGACGAGUCCACCACGGGCGGGGCGGCCACGGGGGGCGCAGUGCUCGUGGGCGUCACGGCGUUUGUGACGGGCGAGGCAGCAACGGACGCGGCCUUUGCUUCGACGUCCGCCCCCGCUGUAGGUGACCCGAGGGCCUCCGCCUCGUCCCCGCCCCCAGGGGCUGGCGCAGCGGAGAUGGACAGCGCCGAGCCAGCCUCCCCCAGGGGCGACGCCACCCCUUCCUUGUCGGGUUUGAGCGGGGGUCCCGAGGCCGCCGCCGCCGUCCCCGAGGCCGAGUACAACAGCUGAGGACGCUGCUCGCUGCGGGCAGUCAUGGCUCCUCCUGCUCGGCGCUCGCUAAUUCCGGCUCUUGGCUCUCUUCACUGGCAAAAAGGUCACCGCGAGGCCUUCUCAAGAGGUCAUUUACGGCGGUCGAGUCUGUGUCCUAAGAGUUAAA